AUAAGAAAUAUCCAAGUCCGCUCAACAGACUUUGGAACUUUUCGUGAAUCUCGACAUGAUUAGAGAAAGAGUUUCAUUGAGAGCAGUCGGCCAACAUGUCAACUUUUGUUAAUCCAUCAGCCAAGUCAUGGAGCUGCUCGUCGCUCACCAACCCGCACAUUUUGCCAUUUCACAUGACCCUGCCGGACUACAACGAGACUGCACUGGUUUCCCUGCCUGAUGUUGCGCAAGAACUUGGUGUCAAGUCCAUCUACGUCAAAGACGAGUCGAAAAGGUUCGGCCUACCAGCUUUCAAAAUCCUCGGCGCCUCGUGGGCUGUCUAUCGUGCCGUGACCGAAGCCGCGGGUUUGACGGUGGACAGCGGUUCGCCAGGCCCAGAGGUUGACGAGUUGAAAGCCGCCGCGAAUGAGAAAAAACUCAGGCUCGUCACGACGACCGAGGGCAAUUGGGGCAGGGCAGUCGCGAGGAUGGGAAAGUACCUUGCCCUGCCGACAACGGUGUACGUUCCGCGGUAUAUGGACGAGGCAACGCAGGCGAAGAUCCGGAGCGAGGGGGCCGAGGUGACGGUGCUUCCGGAAGAGUACGACGGCGCGCUGCGGGUUGCGCGGGAGCACGCGGAGAAGACGGGGGACCUCCUCGUGCUCGACACGAGCUGGGAGGGUUACACGACGACGCCUCGAUGGGUUACAGAAGGAUACUCGACUAUGCUGGCCGAGGUCGAUCGUCAGCUUGACUCGCAAGGCUCGCCGCCGGCGACGCUGGCCAUCGCAGCUGUAGGUGUCGGCUCUUGGGCGCACGCGGUGGUUGCGCACUACAAGUCCAAGACAUCGCCGGCGGCCGUUGUGACGGUGGAACCGACAGUAGCGGCUUGCCUCAACGCGUCGUUGAAGGCGGGCAAGAUCGUGUCCAUAGACACAGGCGAGACGAUCAUGAACGGCAUGAACUGCGGAACGGUGUCGACGAUCGCGUGGCCGUACUUGCGAGAGGGUGUGGACGCCAGCGUGGUCAUCGACGAUUUAGCCUCGCAUCGUGCCGUUCAGUAUCUUCACGGCCAUGGCGUGAACGCGGGGCCAUGCGGUGCAGCGACGCUUGCCGCCCUGCUAAAGCUGAAGGAGGACAGGUCCGUUAAGCUAGGAGGCGACGACGUCGUCGUAUUGUACAGCACAGAAGGCGCAAGAGACUACAUUGAACCUACGGCAUAAACAUAGAGUACAAGGAGAUUUCUAGACUGAGCUCCCUCAUGUACGUGCGUAAUUUGCACACAAGACACCAGAAGGCAACGGUCAAGAAUGUAGACAGCGAUUAUUCAAAGCGCAGCGCCUACAGCGGUCAGAUAAAGAAAGAACCAAAUGAUCGUAUUCCAUUUUCUCUGAUUCAAAUCCAUAAAGGCUUAUCUGCUUCGGCAGUGGGUAAG